CAGAGGCGGUCAAAUCAAGGCAUUUUUAGAUUUGAAUUGAGUUCAACCACACCAUGUCUGAUAACGUUCAUCCUUCAAGUAACGAAGAUGAUGCCAUCGUUAUGAUGCAUGAUAUAGGACCAAUCUUCAAUGAUAUCAUGUUAUCUCGGAGAUUUACAAGUUGGGACAAUUUUGAGACCUGUUUGAAAGAAGUACAUAAGUAUACGCAUACUAGGUACGUUAUGUCAGUAUGCAAAAAGAACAAUGAUGACCCAAAUCUAAAGUAUCUUUUCGUGAGAUAUGUUUGUACAUAUGGACGUAAACGCAGUUCGUCAGAGUCAGAUGCUUGCGUUCAGGAUGUAGGUGAUGAUAGUGAUCAUCAUUCUUCCGAAGAGCACACAACUUCUAACUCACCCCCACAACCUAGACAAAGAAGACGACGUCGGUCAUCUACGUCGAAAUAUUGUCAUUGUCAAUCUGGAUUUUGGGUCCGUGCAGUAAAUGGUGAGCUGAAAGUCACCUCUAUCAAGACCGUGCACAACCAUCCUUGCACAGAAGGAUAUAUUUCUGUAGAUCCUUCAAGAAGAAAGUUGACGUCAAGUGAACGUCUAUAUUUAAGAACUUUUCUAAUGAGUAAUACGCCGACUCGUAGUUUACGGCAUCUGGUUUCUUGGAAGUUCCAUAAACAGCUUACCAAGGGUGAUAUCUGUAAAAUGCGUUCACAGUUGUACCCAGGUUGUUGAACUCACAUUGUAAUUAAUUGAGAUUAGACACCAAAAAUAUCAAUAACAUUUUACAGCGCGUUCAAGCAAACACUGAAGUUAAAGUACUCAGUGAACAUGGAAACAUAUCUAUGAUUUGCUUCAGUCGCAGGGAGCAGGUAUCUAUUUACCACGCGUUCCCAGAGGUGGUAUGUAUUGACUCGACUUAUCAGACCAACAAAGUUGGGUAAGUAACGAAUAGCAAUUAAUUCAUCUUACAGUUUUCCACUGUUCCAGCUAGUGGUGACUGAUAGUCUUGGGCAAGGGCACACUGUUAUGUAUGCUCUUUGCAGGCAAGAACGACGAGAAGAUGUCGUAAAAUUAUUGGAAUGCUUCAAAGAUAUAAUGUGCUGUACUUAUGAUACACGCACUUUUGUUAUGGAUUCGGCAGCAACCGAAAUUUCAGCAGUGCAGUCUACGCACAAUCAUGCCGACAUAGUACUUUGUUCAUUCCAUGUCUUAAGAGCAUUUUUCAGGAAGGUAAGUGUUAGCUGUACAAACUAUUUUCUGUAGUUCCGAAAUCCUGAUGUACGUAAAUGCUUGGAACACCUUGUAAAGACUAGACGGUCUGAUAUGUGAGCUUCGUUCUUCGUAACCUACGUUUGCGUCCAUAUGACGCUGUGAAGGAUCUUCAACGUUUUCCAAUUCUUGAGGU